AGUGAAAAAAAAAAAAGAAGCCUUCUCUCUUCACUUAAAAAAACAAAGAAAGAAGGCAAAAGCAUAUUUACUUGCAGAAGCUUUUUUUUUUAAAAAAAAUGGGUUCCAAAGCCACCACCUCCCUAGCCUAUUUCCUUGCCCUAAACCUUAUCUUUUUUACCCUAGUGAAUGCUUGUGGUGAUUGCCCCAAGCCAAAGCCUCCUCCUGCAUGCCCACCACCACCAAAGGCUCCUACCCCUAAACCACCCUCCCCUAAGCCUCAUGGGGGCAAAUGCCCUAAGGACACCCUAAAAUUGGCAGCCUGUGCUGAUUUGCUUGGUCUUGUUAAUGUCGUCCUUGGAAGCCCUCCAACAAAACCUUGCUGCUCUCUCAUUCAAGGCCUUGCUGAUCUUGAAGCUGCUCUUUGCCUUUGCACUGCCAUUAAGGCCAAUGUUUUGGGCAUCAACCUCAACAUUCCAGUUUCCCUCAGUGUCAUCCUCAACAACUGUGGCAAGAAGGUCCCAACUGGGUUCGAAUGCCCUUAAUCUCAUCCAUCCAUCAAUGAUGUUCCUGGUUAAUUUGCUUUCGAUUUGCAAAGGUUUCCUUCUUGAUGAUUAUUAUUUCCUAAUAUUUGUGCUUUGUUUUCCUCCACAUUUAGUGGUUAAUUUAUUACUUCUAGCUUGUUUGUUCACCCUUGUUAUAUUUUGGUUUUCAGAUUUGAGAAGUUGUGCUUCUUCAAUAAUUGUUUAAGAAUGCUUCCAUGUAAUAGGGCUUGAGUGAAUCUGCUCAAUCCAUCUUAUUUUGUAUCCAUAUAAUUUGUGUGACAAAUGAAGUAUUUGACGUUAUUAAAGCCUUUUUUUACUUCAAUUUGUAGCAUUGAAUUUCAGCUUCUACCAUUUUAGAAUUCCAAAUUUAAUUUAUUUCGAUUCUAUAAUAUCUUGACACUCUACACCAAAACUGACGUUUGGACUUGAUGGAGACGACACAUUAAAUCAAGUGCGACUGGAAGAUGUCGGAUUAAAUCCUAUUUUUCUCAUGUUACAAUCGGCCUGCUGAAUUUUUACAUUUGCAUGAAACAUCAAUUCAUGUCUUUACCCUCUAAGAUUAAUUUGUGUAUUCAUCGGAUGCUGACAAUAUUUACGGAUUAGUAAAAUUAGACAGCUAGAAAUUGAUAUUCGCACCCCCAUUCUGCGAUUCCCAACGCAAAUUAAUUCAAGAAAUCCUUUCAAUUUUCACAAUGAAAGUUACUAGUAGUAGCAUUUGAUAGAAGUGGAGCCCACGAUCGAUGCUCCUCUAAGAGUACGAAAAAUAACAGUGUUUUUUUGGCUAGCUCAAAUCACAAGAUGAUAAUUUGUCGGAAAUUGGAGCUCUCGAUUUAAGUUCAGUAAUUUUUAGUUCUCAUAUCAUCAACGCAUAGUCACAUACUAGUAACUUU